GGCCACUUUUUCACCCCUAAUAAAAAAGAAUUAGAAAAAAAGAGAGACAGACAGACACCUGGACGGGAGCCAACGGCACGGCCUGCCUUAUGAUGCGAACUCAAUAAGGUACUUCCUUACUUACCUACACACCUUCGAUUCCAAGUCCAAAGUCUUCCCUCGCUGCUGCACUUGCCCUGCACGUCAACUUGCGGUAGAAGCCGAGCAAUCCUCUUGUGCCUCCUCCAUUUACCUUUGGCCCUCUGCUUAAUACCUCCUCCAUCCCCUCCUUUCCCCACGGCCGUUGUUACAUCCCACUCUCCUGCCUCUGGCACUCCUCCUCAACCUUCCCCCUCCAUCUCCUUCCCCCCGCCGCACCCUGAGAUUCUACAUCGAUUUUGUGUCUCUGACGCAAUUCUUCACAGCCAUGGGCGCCGCAACUUCAGACAGAACGGCUGCCGCCGAAUGCAUCUCAGACGAUGCCCUCAUCCACCUCAAGUCCUACAAAUACUCUGCCGUCGACAAGUCGCCCAUCUCCAACUACAUCCUCCGACCCUACUGGAAUGCUGCCGUUGAGCUUCUGCCGCUAUGGCUGGCACCGAACAUGGUCACUCUGCUGGGCUUCUUCAUGAUCCUCGGAAACAUUGGCCUCCUGGUCAUUUUCAUGCCUGACUUGGUUGGACCAGGCCCUUCAUGGCUAUACUACAGCUUCGCUUUCGGUCUCUUCAUGUACCAGACGAUGGACAACCUCGACGGCAAGCAAGCGCGACGCACCGGAACCUCGAGCGGACUUGGCGAGCUCUUCGACCACGGCAUUGAUUCCCUGAACUGCACCCUGGCCAGUCUUCUCGAGACUGCUGCCAUGGGCCUUGGCACUUCCAAGUCUGGAGUCUUCACGGCUCUCGUGCCGUGCCUGCCCAUGUUCUUCUCUACUUGGGAGACAUAUCACACCCACACUUUAUACCUGGGCAGGAUCAACGGUCCAACCGAAGGUAUCCUGAUCGCCUGCAGCGUCAUGGUUGUCUCUGGAAUCUACGGCCCUGGCAUCUGGACCGAGCCCAUCAUCAACAUCCUUGGCGACAAGGCCGAACAGCACCUCUAUGGCUUCCACUACCUGCUGGGAGACUACUCGAUUCGGGACAUCUGGAUUGCCAUGAUCGUCUUCUCGCUCUUCGCAACCCACAUCCCCUUCUGCGUUCUCCACGUCAUUCAAGCCCGUCGCUCGCGCGGUGAGCCCGUAGCCCCCGUUUUUCUCGAGUGGACGCCCAUGACGGUGUAUACCCUCGCUAUUGGCGCCUGGGUCUACUCGCCUUACUCGGCCAUUCGUAGCGACAACCACCUGGUGCUGUUCUGUGUCACCAUGGCCUUCGUUUUUGGUCGCUUGACGACGAAGAUGAUUCUCGCUCACCUCACUAAGCAGCCUUUCCCUUACUGGACCGUCAUGCUUGUGCCCCUUGUUGGUGGUGCCGCGCUCGCCAACCUUCCGCGUCUGGGCUUUCCGGGCAUCAGUGCUCAGACUGAGCUGUACUAUUUGUACGGCUACUUCGUCUUCUCGGCCGUCGUCUACUUCCGCUGGGCAUACCUGGUCAUCACGAGUAUUUGCAACUUCCUUGGCAUCAACGCUCUGACCAUUCCCAAGGAGAAGCAGCUCGCGAACAAGCAAGCUAUUGCUGCCGCCAAGGCGCCGCCUCUGACCAACGGUCUGAUGAACGGCAUGAAGAAGGAUUAAGCCAGGGUUCUUUCAGCAGCUCAACUUUGCGGGUCGUUUGGCUGGUCAAAGAUUUUCACCACGACAAUGAGCAAGGAUGCCAGGGACGAGAGACGAGGGUCAGAGUCGAUGUUGAGAUGGAGUGAAAUGAUGGAUUUCGAGUAAAUGAAUUACAGCAAGCCUGAAUGCGGCUUUGAUGGAAAGGCGCGCUUUUUUGCAUGGAUGUCGGCGUUGCUGGAGGCUGAUCCACUUUCAACAUGGCAUGCACUUAUUACUGGCGCUUUUUGGGUGAGCAAAGCCAUGGAAAUCGGCAUGGCUCGAUUGAGUUAUAGGCACUUUUCUAGUACAAGGACUUAAGUAGUCCGUUGCAUAAUAUCAAUUUCAACUUCAACUUCA